GCCGGUAAUUCACAUUCUAUCGUUGAUAUUCCGUCUAUUCUUGUGUUUAAAAUGCCUCCAAACCUCGUAGGAGCAAUAAUUGAGUUGGGUCAGAAGCGUAAAAAUGACGAGUUGAAAGAAUUACUAGAAAAGAUCAAGUCAGCACAACUUAUCGAUUUGGUUGUUUCCAACGUUCAAACCAUCGAUGGAUACACAUUGUGGCAUUUCACGCUGAUCGGCCUAGCAUGCUCGGACAAGUGCAGUGAAAAACGUUUCGAGCUGAUUAUGGCCGUUCUGCGACACAUGAACGAGGUGGAACUAUCCACGAAGCAAAUGUUCGAUCUGAUCGCCCGUUUGUUGACCGACUUGCCUUCCCUAACCCCGGAGCAGCUGGUGGAAAUGUGCGAGCUGUGUGUGGAAUCGAUUCGUGCCGGUGAUCCAAAAUGUCUCAGCUGGAAGCACCUGCUACCGCAAACACUGGUCCAACUGCAGGGUGGCAAUGUGGGCCGUUUCAAUGCUAACGGGUUGCUACUGACCGGUGCCGAAUAUCGGCAAAAGGUGUUGGAGGAGAUUUUCAAAAUGAAGCUACAGCCGGCCAUCCUAACACCGUUGUGCGGGAUGUUUCGUGAUCUGCAUCUACUGCGCGACGAAACCAGUAUCUUUGUGACAAAGAUUUCGGAUAACAUUAGGCACAUUGAACCUCUCGAAUUGCCACCGUUGGCCUGCCAGCUGUUUCACGUGUGCCUGAAGUAUUCCAGUCUGCUGGUGAUUCCGUUGAUGUCAUUACAGAGAUAUUUUCACAAGAACUAUUACAAAAAGGUACUUUCGAACGCAAACAGUGAUACUACGGACUUCGAUAGCAUUGAUCGUUACUCGGACUCGGAACUCCGUGAAGCUGAGGAGACCAUCCUGUACCAUCUGUCGAAUGUAACAGAGUUUAGAGUGGACGAGACACAAAUCGUGUCCAUGUUUAAACCAUUCCAAAACAACCCGGAGGUCCUGCUAACCCCGUUCAUAGUUGGUGCACUGCUCGCAAUGAGCCGGAUUAAUCGCAUGCCGGACACAUCCGACGUUGUGUCGUCCCCGAUAAUGGCGUUUCUCAUCAAGCUGAUUGCGAUCAGCGAGAAAGAGCGUGAGAUGUGUAUCCAGUCGGCCUGGUGCCGCGGACGCAUCGAUAUGUCGGCAUCGUCGCGCAUCGAUCAACUGUUCAGUGUGCUCACGGACAACAGCCAGGAUGGGAAAGAGGUCGUUACUCCUGGCGUUAUUCAUUUUGCCUUUGCAUUGCUGCUGGCCAAAAAACAAACGAAACUGCACAGCAUUGCGAUAAAUUUCUUCCAGAUUUUUAUCAAACGAAGGUUCAUCUUCGGUAGUGGAAUUAUUGCCAAGAUUAAAAAGUACCUGUUUGCCGACCUCGAGGAGACUCAGUUCAAUGUUUGCCUGACGACGCUCAGCCUAACGAACACGCUAACUGUUUCGGAGUGUACGGACACAAUUCAAUUUAUAAUGGACUAUUUACUACUGAUUAAUGGGACGUACGCUAUGCGAUUUAUGGCGUUUAUUUUUCCUCUCCUAAGAGUUUCGCAUUCGAUCCGUGAUCGUUAUAUUGAGGUGCUUCGGAAGGCUAUGUACAAUGGCGAAACAUCGACAAGGAUUAUGGGAGUGUUUGGGUUCUGUUCACUGUUGAAACAGCUUAAGAAUAACAACUCUCGUCGUUCCAUUUUGGGCACCCAGGGCGGAUGUUAUACUCAGAUGACAAUAUCCGGCAUGUCGCUACUAUCGCAAGCGGCUUACGGCUCACCGAACAACCCGAACAUACACUUCGACAUGCUAACGCUGGAAAUUAUGGGGAUAUUAAGGAAAUGCUUCACUCAAACGGUUGAGGUCCGGGAAAUGCUCUACGAAGCGUUGAGUCGUGCUGUCGAGUUCAACACGCAGCUACUGCCUCACGUGCUGCAGUUCAUCGAUUGGCACUUUGAGAGCUUUUUUGGUGAAAAUCCAACCGAAGUGUUCAAAAUAGAGUUCGACAAGUGCGUCCGAUACAAGCGCGCACUGGAUGAUGACGAUCUGCCGGAUGAACAGAGGCCGGUGGUGGUGUACGAUAAUGUCGGGCGCCUGACGGCGUUCAUGGUACACUGUGUGGUGCUGUGCGAUCAGCACGAGGUGCAGCAUGAAACGGGUGCGGUUAAAAGCACUCUCCAGCUCAUUGUCGAUCGGAUCGAUAAUCUUAGCAUGGAGGAAGUGGGUUUGGUUGGAACGAUGGAUAGUAAAGGUGCUGUAAUUGCCACUCAGUACCUAAACAUGCUCGAGGCCGCUAUGGCGUAUUGCGCGUGGAAGGCAACACCCGACGACGGUUUAUUGAGAAGUUUCGUGCGCUUGUUCAAACAUCACCAGUAUUGUUUUGAUAAGUUCAAGAAAAUGGAACCUAAGAAAAGCAACAAGAAACAGUUGACGGACAACACCAUAAAUACCACCACUGUGCCCGGCUCUGCAAAGGCUGGUGCUUUCUUCAAGCCCGAGAACAUAUGGGACUUGGGGACAAUGGAAAGGGUGCUGCGAAUAACACUAGACAAUUCAACGGCGUACGGAACGGACGAAGAUCUUAAAUCUUUCCGUUCUAACCGAGACCUUCAGCAGUACAUCCUCAGGGUCGCUUGCCAAAAGCUGGAAUCAUUACGAGCGCAGCCGGAUUACUGGCAGGUGAAUCAUAGCAAGCGUAUAUUUAGCCAUUUGUGCGAAUGCACCAAGUUGGUGUACGACCGGUGUGUGAAGAAAACGACCGAACUCCUCGGCAAUGGUGGUCUGUUGGUGGCUCACAUGGCCGUCGAUUGCUUCCGACAGGGUCUUACAAGUGCCUUGGAGCUGUAUGAGCGGAAGUUUAAUGACUUUUUACAGUUGAUUUCCUGCACUAUGGGGACGUCUUUCAAGAAGGAUUUACUACAAAACUUACAAACUAUUGUCGACGAGUACUUUGGCGAUGGAUCCGAGCCGGAACCGAUUGGCGAGAAAAUCGUCGUUGGACUGUUGCAGUGCCUGGAGCUACUGUUCAAAUCCCCCGUCAUCACCCAGGACUACUUGACGCAGGCGUUCGAUUGGUUGCAGAAUUUUUGCAUCAACACAAAGCUGAAGCUGAAAUCUUUCACGAUUGUCCAUCGGAUCCUGUUCGAUCUGAGACUUCGCACGCAAACAGGAGCCUACUUUGAUUCGGUUGCGAUGCGCUUGGAGCUGAAGUUUGGUCAAAUAGCGGAAGACGAGACGAACCCACUGUUCCACUUUAAGUCAAUCACGUCCGCCACAGCGGAGCCAACAUUCCACUGUCUUUGUGCCGUAACUCGGACACAGAUUGAGGAGAUAGAGCAUCUUAUCCUGCGCACGAACAGUCUCAUGGGACGAUUAAAGGUGUUCGGAUUGAAUGAUACCGACGAAACAUCGCAAUUGUUAAAAUCUAUUGAACGAUCGAUCUGCUCCCAAUUGGUACACAUUCUAACUACCCUGACGCACCUCUGCAAUGCCAAUCUUCCACUGGGUUCAACGAUGGAUGCUCUCAUCAAACUGCUUCUUUCGAUGUACGCAUGUCUUGCCAAUUUGAGUCGUCACUUUUUGGCACGACACGCCAUCGUUCCAGUUUCCUAUGAGGUUACAAAGUUCAACUUGGUGGUGAAAUCAUCGAAACCUCUUGCAUCCCGAAUCUACGACCUUAUACCGUUCAUCGAAGAGAACAUCAUCGGCCAGGACGAGGGCGACGAGGCGGCAAGUUCCUCCAAAGCCAAAUCCAAUCGCGAUAAGGUGCUUAGGCAGACAAAGCUCAUCCCCAAGUUGGUGUUUCGAAUCGAAACGUUCAACAAGAUCGUGAUGCAGCUGAGCAAAAAAACGAAGAAAGAUUUGACGUACUUGCUGCAUAUGGGAACGGUGCGGGAUUUUCGCAUCAAAACGUCCGCGUUGGUCGAAGCGAUCCAGAAAACGGUAGGCGAUGGCGUCUCACAGGUUGAGGGUGCUGACGAGGACGAAGGAGAAGAGGAACCUCAACUGGACCCAGCAGAGGACGACGAUGACGAUGAAGAUAACAUUGAUCAGACUGCAGCCUCGAAUCGCUCGGAAGUAAUCGUUUCUAAACGGCGAAGCGAUAGCAACGCGUCCACGAUGAGCACGGAAGCGUUGGCUUUGAAGAAUUUAGCACGGUUGAACGAGAGGACGCGCAAAGCGGCCAAGAAGCGCGCGCUUGAAAAUGUCGAGGCAGAAACGGUAACCCCGCUGGUGGCUAGCAAGAAAGCUAAAGUAACGAAAAAGAGGGGUCCGAUACCGAAAAUUAAUAAGCGGGUGCUGGAAGAGGUGAAUAUUGUCAGAGGGACAGACAAGUCCGUCCCAGCAGAGGUUGCACCUGUUGAGGAAGGAACACUAACUCGUACACGUACGCUCGGAUUACCGAGACGAAGUGCAAGGAAGAGCGAAACAUGAUUGAAUUCAGUCAUGUUUCGAUUUGGUGUUGAAGGAAAACAAUAUAAGAUCACCAGGAACUAUAGAAGUACUCUUUAAAAGCCAUGACAAUUUUAUCAUUAAACAUCACUUUUCACGUUAUUGGACUAGUUUAAAUGUUUGAAAAGUGAAAAAUAAA